GAACUACAACUACGGUCAGCCCAGGUGGACACAUAACAUAAACAUCUAUCGAUAUUCCAACAUUCCAUUCCAAACUGACCCUUAGCUAGCUCAUCCAAUAUGGACCAAAUCAUUGUCACUACUGAUCAUGAUGAUCAUCAGAUCAUGAGUCAGAUCCAGAAGGUUCAUCAACAACUUGUUCAUGUCCUUCUGAUUAAGAAGCUCCUGUGCUUCCUCGGAAUCCGGACUACCCUUCAGUUCCUAUUGGUAGCCUCCUUCUCGUUGGUUUCGAUAUUGUUGGCUAUUUUCUUGUGCUGUUAUCGUUACUACUCCUCAGGCCACCUUCCUCUCUUCCCGGACAACGACUUCUUCUACUUCUCGACGGUCAUCUUCUCGCUCUUCACCCACGCCCUCGAGCGGAAGUACAUGUUCCUCCUUUGCAAUGGCAUCCUUGCUUUCCUUGCCAAGAGCCUCCGCUUGAGCAGCAGCAGCACAUCUGACCCUGACCCUGUAGUCGUUGACAUGAAAGCUCUGCCGGCCACUGAUGGGAUCAUUGAAUUGCCCGAGGCCGUUGGAGUUGCUGUGUCAGCUGAGGAGGAGGAAGAUAAUGCAGCAGCUAUUGUAGCUGAUGAAGAAGGAGAGCGAGAACGAGAAGAAAAAGAGGAAGAAGGAGACGAUGGAGCUGAUGAUCGAGACAUGGCCGGUGAUUCUUCAUUCUUGGAAGCAGCCCAUGAAGGGGGGAGUGAAGCUUUGGUAACGGAGUUUGAUGAUGAUGACGGAGUAGAAGGGGAUUAUUGUUUGGAGGAUGAGGAAGCUGCAGCAGCAGCCACGGAAGGUGUGACGAUGGCUAACGGUACUAGCAGUGAGGAGCUGAUGAGCACGGAUGAGUUGAAUAAGAAGAUCGAGGAGUUCAUCAGGAAGAUGAAGGAGGAGAUCAGGAUCGAAGCGCAGAGUCAGUUGAUUGCGGUUUGAUGUUCUCAUGCAUUUCGUCGCUUGUUACUCGUAUAACUUUCGUUGCAGAUUAGCGAGAAGAACAUUUUCUAUUUUUCUUUUUAGUGCUAAAUUAUGCGUAGUUAUCUCGUUUAAGUCAAGUCUCAUGAGAAGGUUUUCAUCUAGUGCAAGACUUUUAAACUACGAUAGAAUUUUACUGCUUUUCUUAUCACA